AAAGCUUUAGAGCAAACGAAACGCACUUCCCUCACCUGAACUUCACAAACAUCCUGCGCAUCUGUCCCGAGGGCUACAGCUCUCAAGAGUAGCCGUAGUGAACAUGUCUUUAUUCGGUCAAACUGCGAGUUCAGCGAACCAGCCUGCUCCUUCGCAAGGAACCAAUUUCUUCAGCGGACUUAAUGCGCCCAAACCAGCUCAACCUGCCUCAAGCCCCUUUGGCAACCCCCAGCAAGCGCAACAACCUACAUCAUCUCUGUUUGGAUCUACAACCGCGGGCCAGUCACAGCCACAAGCAACACAGUCUUUGUUUGGUUCCACAUUAAAUACCGGCGGCCAGCAAAAUACCAAUGGAGCUUUGAAUACCCAGCAGCCAACCGAUAGUGGACGGCAAUCCCAAGGCCCAAACCAACAAACCGGAGCUUAUUUCGACACCCUAUUACAGAAGAGUCGCAAGAGAACACAUGGCGAUAACAGCCUUGAAGAACUCCCAAGCUUACAGCUUGGGCUCGGCGAUUUGAGAGAUCGCAUCAAGAGGCUUGCUCCGCCAUCUAUGACAAACGGGGCCGAUGGGAGGGCUCAUUAUCUUCUGGCCGCAUCGGGUGUGGAGCCUGGCUCAGCCGUUCGAGAUCUAAGCCAAUUCGACUCUCAGGCAAAGCGUCAGGACUGGGCCUCUCAACCAGCUGACGCUGAUACGGACGUGGACAGUUAUAUUACGAAACUCCAGACCCAAACAACUUUGAGCAUGAUAGCUGAAGGGCUUUCUAGAUCCGCACGCGACUUUGAUAGGUUCCUGGAGGAAAAUGCGUCAAUGGAGUGGGACUCGCAAAGGAAUCGCAUUUACCAACACUUUGGAAUCAAAUCAAGAGCAGAGGAACGAGCGACGAAGAACGGAGAAUCGACUACAAAUGGCAGUGGUGGGUUUGGGCGUUCUCGGCGAAACAAAAGCACACGCUCCGAAGAAAACCGAAACUUUGACAGUUUGAGCGGUAGUGCUUAUCAGAGACAGUCUAUGCAAAGAUCAGUCAUUGGUACUGUCGGCCCUGUCGGUUCAUUACAGAAGUCACUGGCCACAGAUUCGGAUGGCAAGGCCCCAGCAUAUACAACUUCUUCAAUGCCGUCGGGUCGUCUGCUGAGAGAGAAAGAAAUCAAGUUUGCUGAGAAGAUCAACCAUCUUAACGAAUCAAGGUUGCACAAGAGUGCCUACCCACUACUGCACGAAUUCGGAGCAGUAGAAGCUCAAAACCCCGGCGACCAUACCGAGCAGGUUCUGAAUGCCUAUAAAGCAGUCGUCGAGAUUGUCGGAGAGCAUCCGGAUCUACGAAGUUUUUCUGAGCCUAAUGUGGUAAAGGAGCGCCAGUUUGCCAGUGCUUGGACCGAUGAGGCCCCAAAUUCUGUGGCCGCAAUUGACCUAAGGAAGAGGAUAUUGAGAGGAACUGCUCGUCACCUGGAGAAGCAGUGCUUUCAAACAAUGGAAGUUUUGCUUGCUAAGAACCCCAGGGAAGCCAAUCUUGGCGGUAUUCCAAAUGUCCUGAGCAAAGUGAAGGCGUACGUCCGACUACGAGCAUCACGCAAAGACCUUGCUCCAGAUAGCACUGGCCUACAGACUUUGGAUGGCGAGGCAGUGUGGGCAAUUAUCUUCUAUUUGUUACGCACUGGUCACGUCCAAGAAGCCGCAGACUAUGUACAUGCGAAUAAAAACGCUUUCCGUGCAAUCGACCGCUACUUUCCACAUUACAUCUCCGAGUACAACGGCAACGCAGACAGACGCCUUCCACCUGAUAUGCACAACCGAAUCAACAAUGAAUACGGCCAGAGAUUUCGGAUUGCCCCCGAGAAUUCGGUUGAUCCGUUCCGCAUGUCAUGCUACAAGGUCAUCGGAAGAUGUGGACUCACAGAAAUGACAUUUGCGGGUCUCCAUCAGGAUCUAAUGGACUGGGCCUGGCUGCACUUCGUGGUUGCAAGGGAGGUCAACCUUGCAGAGGAGCAUGCCGGCGAUGUAUUCACUCUUACGAAUGUUCAAAAGUCGGUAAAGGAUCUCGGGGACCUUCUUGCUGCCAAGGGCCCAGUUGAACAGAAGGCAUCCUCCGGAGUUUACUUUUAUCUUCAGAUUAUCUGUGGCCGUUUCGAGUACGCCAUUCAAUCCCUGUACGAGAUGGAUUACGCAGCCGCUCUACACUUCGCAAUAGGUCUGGGUUACUAUGGCUUGCUUAAUGUCUCGGAUCCUAUCGCAUCGGAAGGCCGAUUACUUACAACCAGCGUCACUGACCGGCCGCAAAUUAACUUCGCUCAAAUGAUCGGGUGGUACACGAGAGAUUUCCGUGCAGCAAAUGUUACGGCAGCUGUCGAUUACCUCACACUGAUCUGCCUAAAUGGCGAUCUACCAGGUGGCAUCGGGAGCCAACAAGUAUUAGCGUGCCAUGAAAGCCUCCGCGGCCUUGUCUUGGAGAGUCGAGAGUUUGCCAAAUUAUUAGGAGAUAUGCGAUUGGACGGCCAACGAAUUACGGGUGCUAUUGAAGAGCGAAUGAAGCUUCUUCACUUGGUCGAUACUGAUGAUUUUAUGCGUACCGUCAUCAUGCAAGCCGCUAGCAUUGCAGAUGAUAGUGGAAGAGUUACAGAUGCUGUUUUGUUGUAUGAUCUGGCCGGAGAGUACGACAAUGUUAUUACCAUCACCAACAGAGCCCUAAGUGAGGCUGUGGCUGUCGAAAUUGGCGAAGAAAAAUCGUCUCUACCAUCGUUCCGACCUGGUCCAGAUCAGGGCAUCCCGGGUCAACGUGGCAGCCUAAGUCUAACAUCCGUGGAAGAUCCUGUUAAACUUGCGCAGACUAUCACAGCCAUCUACAAUGGCAAGCCGAUGUACCAUGAGAAGAUCACCCCGAUCAACAAAGAAACGUGUCGCGUUCUUCUGAGAAUGAAUGAAGCGAAGAGUAAAGUGGAGGCGCAGAAUUGGACAGGCGCUCUCGAUAUUAUUGCGAGUCUCCAGAUACUCCCCCUUGAGGCACAUGGAGAUUCGAAUAUCAUCCGCCAGUUUGCGGGCAAGUACGCGGCGUUCCCAGAAACCAUCACGAGAAACAUUCCGAAUCUCAUUAUGUGGACUGGCCGCAGCUGUGAGGAACAGCGGUCCCGACUUGCAAACUCUCAAUAUAACAGCAAUGAUGGCACUCGGCGCCACAUGAUUGAGGACUUGAAGCGGAAAGCAAAGGAUUUAACAAUGUACGCCGGAUUUCUCAAGUACCGCCUUCCGCCGUGGGUGAAUGACCUGUUGGCGAGGAUUGCAGCGGAAUAAUGAGACGGAAAAUGGACUUCUAUAGCGAUGUGGCACGGAAUAUGUUUGCAGGUCCUAGAUGUACGGAAUAAUAGUUAAAAGUCUUUUACGUGGUGAUGAAAGAAGGCUGAUAAAUGUUGCACGUGAUAUACCUGACCCAGAUCUUGUAGUGGGCUGGGUUUGUUGGUCAUUGUGAUGAUACUGUGA